AAAGUUUUUUCUUUUCCAGGCUGAGCAAUACCAGUUUGCUCAGCCUUUCCUUUUAGGACCUGCUCCUUCCCUCUGAUCAUCUCGAUUGCCUCCUCUGGACUUGCUCCAAAAGGUCUGUCUCCCUGUGCUGAGACCCCAGAGCUGAAUGCAGGGUUAGGGUUAGAUCCAUGUGGGAUCUCACCAGAGCAGAGGCAGAAUCCCCUGGCUGGCCACCACCAGCACCCCCAAGUUCUUCUCCCCAGGGCUGCUCUCCAUCUAUUCAUCCACCAGCUUGAUUGGAUCAAUAAGGCUUCCAGAUCUGGAUGCAGCUCUGAGCCCUUGCUCUAGAGUCCCUGAGCUUGGGAAACCCCUGUACAACUUGAUCUAGUGUUUACCCCCACACUUAUCUCAGUUACUGCUUGUGAUGCUGCCUCAUUGACUGAAAAUUAGCUUUUCUCAAGUUAAUUUUACUGAAUAAGUUCAUCUAUACUUAAAUCAACAGAAUAUGAAAUUGAAAUACUCAGUGUGAUGGGAACUAAUUGGACAAAAAACCUUGUGUGCUACUGAAAGUUUGAUUGAAGUUUGUAGAGACCUGAAGUCUUUAAAUCAUACUGGAGAGCCAGCACUGUAGGAACGAAUAAACCAGCAGUGAGUUCUUCAAUGACACUAUUUUCUUUCCCCUCUCUGCCUUUUCUUUUUUCUCCUUAAUCAGAAACAGUACUUUAGACUAGGAAUUUCAAAGUGUAUGUAGGAACUUAAGGGUCUCUUUAUUCCUUUGACAAACACAACACAUACUUUUCAAAAGUAGGGGGUGGUACAGAUCAUUAAAAGUAGGGAGAAUGACGAACUCUGGUGAGCUCAAGUUACUUGUUCUUUGUGUCAGAAAAUGACUGUUCUCACAGUUAUGACUGCCUUUUUGAAAUCACAAUUAUAAGCUGAUGGAGCCAGUGGGGGAAAUUGUUGAGGGGGUGAGAACUGGAGUAAAUCAAGGUAUGUGUGGUAGCAUUACGAUAGGGCAGAGAUUGUAAGGAAGAAAUAUGCAAGAGUGAUAAUUAGUCUUUUUUUGUAGUUUUGUUGCCAGCAGAGGAACUUCCUUAUAGUUCUGACACUAUUUUUCAUCUCUGCAAAGUGGCAUGGAGGAGGCUUAUUCUCCCUGCAGACAUUUAUUUUGGAUGAUUUUGAGAAAACUAUUUUGUAUUCUGAAAUUUUAACUGAGAGUAGCUUAGAACUUUGUCUACAUUAAAAAUGUCUGUAUUCUGGCAGUAGUUAGGAUCCUUCUUGUUUGGUACUGAGACUGUCCUUACUGGUGGAAACUGUUGGUUUAUGGAUAGUGUAAGUUCAUUUUGAUUUAAGACAGAAAGCAUUCUCUUAAAUACACUCUUAAAUACAUUAUUUGGUGUCAAUGAGAAAAUCCUGUGCAGUGCCUGUGUAAUUAAGAGAGGAAAAGUUAAUUUUUUAGGUUAAUGGAAUGAGUUUGAUGUUAUUUGCUAACUUGCAAAUGGCUGUUUUGUCAAGCUUUUCACUUAAGAACUUUGUUUCCUCUCUACAUAGACAGCAUACAAUACCUUCUCUAGUUGAUUAUUAUCCAGUAACAUCGCAAUUAUUAUAUAUAAUGCAGAUUUUGUGUGAAUUAUGAUGAUGUUAUGCUAGUACAGGUCAUCCUUUUUCUUCUUUUUCAAUAUGUGUGCAAACAAUAUAGUUUUUGUAAACAUAAAUGUCAUUUUUUCAUGCAAAUAUGUCAGUGCAGUGUUUGAUGAGUUUUCAUUUAAUGUGUUGUGCUGUACAGUUUUUUUCUAGUUUGUCACCUGAAAGAACAAGCUGAAAGAUAUAGUAAAGCUGGCUAAAUUAUAAAUUCUUCAUUUAUGAAUCAUUGUAUGUAACACAUAUUGCUGUAUUUGAACUAUUGAGUUCAUUGAGUAUUGAUUGGCAUAAUGAAAGCCAUGGGUCAGUUGAUUACUUAGUUAAAGGACAUUGCCAAAUUUAUUUUAAAUGACUGGACAAAAGGUUUUUAUGAUAAAAAAUUAUUUGUUGUACUAAGCAAUGGCAAUCAAUAGAACAGAUCUGAGGAACAGGACUUUUUGGGUUAUUUUUUUUCCAAUAUAGUGCCAUCCUUUGUUCCUCCUGAGUGACUUUUCCCAAAAAUUAUUUGAACAUGGAGACAUUUAGAAGCUUAAGCUCUUCUUUGGCACUAGUAAUCAAGAUGGUCUGGGAUCUUUACUCCUGCAUUUCAGAUGAUCGUAUUUCAUACUUUUUUGUUGUGAUAAUAACUGGAUUUUUCUUUCAUUUAUCUUUUUUUCCCUAAUAUAUAAAUUAUGUUCUAGACACAAGGACUCAGAUAUUGAUUUCAGGAUUCAAAAUAGGAAGAGGUCUCUGGAUGGCAGACUCUGAAAAGAGAUGCUGUUUUAAGAGACACCAAAGAUGCUAACAAGGAAGAUUAAGCUUUGGGACAUUAAUGCCCACAUAACCUGUCGUCUGUGCAAUGGAUACCUGAUAGAUGCUACUACUGUAACAGAAUGCUUGCAUACUUUCUGUAGAAGCUGCCUAGUAAAAUAUUUGGAGGAAAACAACACCUGUCCAACCUGUCGGAUUGUUAUACAUCAGAGCCACCCAUUACAGUAUAUUGGUCAUGACAGAACAAUGCAAGAUAUUGUUUACAAACUUGUGCCAGGCCUCCAAGAAGCGGAAAUGAAAAAGCAAAGGGAGUUUUAUCACAAACUGGGCAUGGAAGUUCCAGGGGACAUCAAAGGGGAGACAUGUUCUACAAAACAGCACCUAGAUUCUCAUCGAAAUGGUGAAACUAAAGCAGAUGAAAAUAUUAACAAAGAAACUUCGGAGGAAAAACAGGAAGAAGAUAAUGACUACCACCGAAGUGAUGAACAGGUAAGCAUCUGCUUGGAGUGCAAUAGCAGCAAACUGCGUGGACUGAAACGAAAAUGGAUUCGUUGCUCUGCACAAGCAACAGUCUUGCAUCUAAAGAAGUUCAUUGCCAAAAAACUCAACCUUUCUUCUUUUAAUGAGCUGGACAUAUUAUGCAAUGAAGAGAUUCUUGGCAAGGACCACACACUCAAGUUUGUAGUUGUUACUAGAUGGAGAUUUAAGAAAGCACCUCUACUGCUACACUAUAGACCCAAAAUGGACUUGCUGUAAGGGAACUUUAUUGUCCUUCUGGACAGAGCUUUUUGCAGAGACUAUCAUCUGGCACCUUCUUAGUGCAUCACUAAUCACAUGACACAAACCAGCUGAAUAAUUUUGGAAGACUGGAGGGCUUUCAUAGUGGACUGUCCUGAAUAUUUCAUCUAGGUAUGUUUUACCUAGGCUUCUGGGCAGACAAUAUUUAUACUUUUUUUGUAUGGAAGAAAGAAGUUUCAACUCAGCAAGACACUACCAGCAUUAAGUUUACAGAUACUGAAAACACUUCACAGUUCCAUGUAGCUCAGCCUGAUUUGUCUCUUACAGUUACACACAGAAAAAAAAUUAGAGUGUUGUGGGGUGAUAUAAAUAUGUUGCUUUUGACACCAAGUUGCAUUUAGUUACUUCUCGCAUUCUAAAUCUUUAAAAACUAUAUUUUUGCAAAGUGUUAUUGUCUUAUAUAGUAUGCCUGAUUGCAUUGGCUUUAUUCAAGUUAUUCUGUAGAGCAUUGAACAUACCUGAUAAUACAGUGACUGGUGAUAAUUUAUUAUGCUGCAUUGAAAACUUAAGAAAAUCUGGGAAACCAAUAAAUUUGUCAUUUUUGCCCAGUUAUUGCUUUCCCUCACCUUGUGUUUUAAUAAAGUUUUGAUACUUCUGUAAACGUGUUAAUUUGGUAAGACUAAUAGAAAUAAUUUCAGUUGGUUUUAAUGUGCCGUGAUAUAUAUUUUGCUAUGGUAUAAAUUGCACCAUGUAAUGACAAAUACUCACAAGUGCUAGAUUUGUGAAUUUCUUAAAAAAUAAGCAUUUCUUAUGUAUUUGUGGCUUGCAGAAAUCAGUUUUUAAUUUGGAGAGACUUUGCUAUCACUAGCUGUUGAAACAGUGGCUCUUGGCAACUUUGAGAGUAUUGCAGAUUUUUCAUUUCACUGAUUAAAACUUCUUCAGAUAUUACGGGCAGCUUUAAAUUUCUUUAGCUGUUUUCUUAUGAAACCAUAGCAUUUUCCUUACUGGAAUUCCUAGCUUACGUGGGGUAGGGAGGAAUGGGGAGUCAAGACAAGAUUAUUUUAGCACCUUUUGGCCUUAACUAGUAAUUUUGCUUGCAUCAGCCCUAAUGGAUGCAAGGUAGUACACAUUCAUGUAUGUAUGGGUACAUACAUCUAUAUACACAUAUAACUAUGUAUGUUAUAGAAAGCACCCUCAAUGGCACUUAGCAGGGCUCACUGCACUUUUUGUAAGGCUUUUUGAAAUAAUUGGCUUUGAAAAAAAGCAGUAGUUGAAAGUGAUUUCUGCAAGCUAUAUCCACUAUGUAUCGUCCAUAGUACGAUUGUAAGAACAUUUGUCUGGCACAGGUGUGAAGUCACUGAAAACAGUGUAUGCCCUAUAACUGCCAGAUGGAAAUAGUUAACCUAAUUUUUGGUUUUGCGUUUUCCUGUCAGCUGAAAAUGCUAGUUGCUAUUUCUAUUAUUAAACCCUGUUAUUGUUUGAUAAAUUGUCUUUGGAUAAGAAGCCCUGCUUCCUCUUGCUUGCUCCUUUGCUUCUUCUGCUAGAAAGUGUUACUUGAUAACCGGAAGCUGAUACUGCAAGAGAUUAUCUAAGCAUUUUAAAUAUUCUUCCUCUUGAGUUUUCAAAGCGCUACAUUCCUCAGCACAUUUCCCUUAAUUUCUCUCUCUGGAGUCUUCAGUUCUCCUUUCCCAGCUCUGCUGCUGCUUGUGCUUACCUCUGACAACAGGGCUCCUUAUUUUUGAUUACAGUCACAGACGUGAGUGGGAAGGAAAUAAAAAAAUAUUACGUGAGCAGAGAAUGAAAGGGAGCCUCCUGAAUUGUGGAGAUGGAAAGGAGAGCCACACUAAGGCCAGAACAUGCUGCUGUCCUUGUGGGUGGAAGUCUAAGAUAGCUGCAUUUGAAUGUUUAGGUUACACAAAAAUCCACAUCUGGUUCUUGUGUGGCAUUGUGUGUGUGCAUGUCUGUGAUUCAUUGAGUCAAAUUUGGCUCUGAUUUUGUCUUGCUGUUUGUGUAUUUUCAGCUUUUUUUCUGUCUAUAGAAUUACUUGAUCUGGCAGAAAAGAACAGAUGAGAUCAUGUGUCUACCAUUUUUAAAACUUUCCAUGAAAGCAGUGAAUGCAGGUGAUAUGGAUGUGUACACAAGCUGACAUACUGGGCCUCUCUGGAACUGUUUCUUACAUGGUUGUUACUGUUCUAGUAAAGAAGGGGCUGGCUUUGUCACUGAGGCGCUGAGAAUAUGGACAGGACUGUAAAGAGUCCCCGCUCUCUGUACCCAGAGUAUACACACAGUGGCUGUACCUGGUGUAGACAUAAAACUAAAGCUGCCAGACAGCAUUCUGAUUAACCACCUUAAUCAGAAUAUAUAUAUAUACACACACACAAAAAUAUAUAUACAUAGACACAUAUAAAUGAGAUCUGUCUACCUCAAGUGUGUGUACUGCAGAAAACUUUUGUAUGACUAGGUAUCGACGCAGUGCUGUUAAAGUACAUUGGGAUUUCAUUACUUCCUCGUGUACUUGAGCAACUGAGAAAUUAAUUAUGAACACACAAAUUCAGAAGCCUUUCAAAUCUUUCUCUUGCUGUAACAACUUACAAUACAAACUUAAAAGUUUAUAACCAUCUUUAGAAUCACUUGAAUUUGUUAUGGUGCUAUCAGUAUAUAGAAAACUGUUUAUAUGGAUACAUAAAUUCAAGCCAGUAUUAAUACCUAUAGCUGGGGUUUUUGCUUAUAAUUGUGUGUAACUGCUUUUGCAAUGUGUUUAAUCUGAUAAAACCGCACCAGUAAAAAAAAAAAAAACAACAACAAAAACUAACAAAGAAAACCAAACAAAAAACCCCCAAACCAACAAAGAAACCCAAAGUUACUCAGUUGUUUUUCUGAAUCACAUGUGAUAACAUCUUCACUAUAAAUUUGCCCUCGGAAGUGGUGUGACUGUGUCUGUACCAUAUGUUAGUCUCACUAAAAGACUACAAUGUAGAGCAAGGUUUUCUUUGGGUCAGAGCCUUGUUUAAUUUCUGUGACACUUAAAAGAAUUUAUAUCAAGAUUAUAUUGGGUAAAGUUAUCCUGAUACUGUUCAAAGUUGAACUAAAAUUUGGACUCGGACAUAGAUAUUUCUUAGUCCUGGUGAGAUCAUGGUUAUUUUGGCUUUUGUGAAGAUGCCAUUACUGUGAAGUAGUUUUUACAAUUUCUUACGCUGGUAAAUAGUUGCAGUAAGGAAGUAUCUUGUUGCAUUAUCCUCAGCAGCAAUGAGACUGAUGAAUCACCUGGGCUUAGAGUCUCAUUAAGUAUACUUUCAUUAAAAAUAAAGAAUUCAGAUAGAAUAUAUAAUAUUGAAUUUAAAUAAGAUUUGGGGGUUUAAAUUUUAACUUUAUAAAAUUAUUUAUUCUAUUUUAAGCCUUCUGUCUUAUUUUACCAUCCAAGUAUUUUUGGUUUCAAUGGUUCAGCUUUAUUUACGGGCAUAUAGAAUGAAAUUUUAAGAUGUUUUUACAAGCUUCUUCCUUUUACAUUGAGUUUAAGUAGCUUUCAUCUGUAUGAUUUUGUUUUGUACGGAUAAAGAGCAUUACUUAUGCUUUUGUGCAAUAGGUUUGAAACAUGCAUUUUUUAGGCUUAUGUUUAAAUUGUAAAUGUAGCAUCUACUUACCAUACAUUUAAAAGGAAUGUAGAUGGCUUUUCUCACUUGUUUAAAUGGAGUUUUAUUUGGGGCUGUUAUUUGGGGGUGGUGUGUGUGUUUUAUGCUUUGUUCCAUUUUUUAUUUUAAGAGUGAAAUGGGGGAUUUAAAAUAUCUGUAAGUACAAGAACUAUCUGUCAGCAAUAUUUUAAAAUAAACGAUCUUGCAAGAAACCUUAAUGUGAAUUGUGGAAGCAAUCGACAAGACUUGCAGCCUAUCUGAAAAUGUUUUGUGCCAUUGUUAGGUCUGGUAUAUUUGUGUACCAUCACACCUGGGAAUAUUUUUUUCUACUGGUUGUGCAAUAGUAUGCACAACACUGUCACUCAGGAGAUAUGGGACCAUAAAAAAUAUCAGACUACAACUAUGAUGGUGCUAUUUUUUCCAAUAGGCUACUAGCCUUUGAAAGCUUAUCUGGCUCUUAUUGUCUUUAUAACAACACAGUCCUAGGGGAUUUACAGAUUUUUUUUUUUUUCUACUAGAUGAUAAAUAUAACUUGCUAUUUUACAGCAUUCUGCAUAUUACAUUGAGAUAAAUAUAAUAGGAAAAAGCCAACCAGUCUGUACAUCAGUGAGAUGAAUCUUAGGUACAUGUUUUGUACAGAAGGCUUUACUGAACAGAAAAACAAAGUUUCUGCUUUUCCUCAGGUAAUCACUUCAGUUUGUAUGUUUCACUGAAAACAUUAAUGCAACUUCAGUUAGUCUGCCUAAAGUUGGUAACAGGGAAAGAAAUAGUUCCACACACAAGUCUCCCUACAGAAGAUAUAAUUUGAUGUUACUUGGGUCUUGAGAUCUAUUUUUGAAGAAAAAGCUGCAGAGAACAAGAUUAAAGAGCAUGGAAUCAUCCUCAAUCUCUGCACUAACUUACAAUCAGGACAAAAAUUACCUAGGAACUUGGGUCCUGUGGCAAGUCAACAGGUAAUGUUUUACCUGUUUAUUUAUAUACAACUUAAAGGUGUGACUUUACUAUUUGCUCCAUAUUUUAUCCUACUUAGAGUUUUUGGAAAUCUUUUGAAGCCACGAAGACCUGUACAAUGUCCUGGUAGGGUAGGAACUAAAUGUCCAAUUCUAUGAAUAUUUACAUUGGUAACCUUACUAAUAACCUGGAUGGUUCCACAGAAACCAGUGGGAUCAUUCAUUCAAACAGAGGGAUGGCUGAAGGAAGAACUCCUGAGUUUUGAAUACUGAUAUUCCACUAUUUUUGUUAUUUCUGUUUGAAACUGAAAGUAUUGGUUUGAUGGAAUCUUUAAUUCAAGUGACUUAUCUGGACAAAAGGAAAGUUUGUUCUUUCCUUCUGCAAACAGGAUCAUUUUGCAGUUAAGGGACAAUUAGCCAGUGCAACCACUAAGCCUUUUAUCCUCAUAUAUGGCAUAAUAAAGAUUCUGGAACUGUCAGAGUGUAAAACCAUAUUUUUGGCUUAGCUUCAUUUAAAAGUUUACAAUUUUUUAUGCUUUGUGUUGCUGUGUAAUUUCUGUACUACUGGUGGCUAGUUUUGUCUGAAUAAGCCUUUUGGGGAUUAAUGCUUAAUGUUCGAUUUUAUGAUAGUGAAGCUUGUAUCCAGUGUUUUGCCAAUGAAUAUUAUAUGCUUGUUAAUAAAAGCAGAGAAACUAACUGAAA